CUUGCCUCCCCUCCGCGGAUGUCGCGGCGGAUUAGCAGCUGCGGCCAGCUCAGCGCCUGAGGAUCAGACACACACACGGGGGGCGGGGGAGAGACAGAUUUAGCUUCGCGGGAGGAAGGGAUGUGAGCGUGCGUGGUGUGUGUCCCUCCCAGCCUCUGCACGGAUGAAACUCGCGCGUCCCUGCUAGCGAUCGGGGCGAGGAGGAGGAAGAGGAACCUUCCCUCUGGGCUGGGACUCCACUUCCUGGAGAAGCCCUCCUCCCCGUGCGGAGUUUCGGCGGGGAUCCCGGCUUCACCUGGAGAGAACAGCAGAAGGAGGAGGAGCCACAGCAGCACCUGUCCAAAAUGAAGGACCGGCUGGAGCAACUGAAGUCGGUGAGUGGGGAGCCUCCUUUCCUUCUCCUCCUCGCAGGGUGUAAUGCUGGGCUCCAUUGAGCGCCGCCGAGCUUACUCCCGAGUAAACAGGGAGGGAUCGAGCUUCGGGAAGGUAUUAGCAGCGUAAAAGGAAAGGGCGAAGCCCCACCAGGGGGGCUAAACCAACGAGGCCAGGUCUAUUUUGAAGAUGGGGGGGGUCUGUAUAGUGAGGGAUCCUGUUAGUGGGUACAGCGUUGGACUUUGACCCAGAUUCAGAUCCCCAUUUGCCCAUGAGACUCACUGGGUGACCUUGGGCCAGUCACUGUUUUUAAGCCUAGCCUACCUCUCAGGGUUGCUGUGAGGAUUAAAAUGGAGAGAGGGGUUAGCCGGUUUGUGACCCUAUAAUAAAUGGUUCGUGGAGGAGCCAUAUGUGCUUCCUUGAGUUCCUUGGAGGAAAUGCAGGAUAUAAAUGUAGCUCACCAUGAUAUAAUUCAGCUGCACCUGCUGUCCCACCCCUUGCUGGUUGUAUUCCCCACAAGCAGAAGUAGGUUGAGUGGAUCUGCUGUCCACACUGUGGGAGCAGAAGUGCUUAAACUCAUUUUGAAGUAAAAAUGAAGUUUUUCAAAAGUGUGGGGGGUGAGGUUUGGUGGGGAGAGAGGAGGCUUACAGUCCAAUAGCAACAGCAGGUUAUAAGCUUUACCUGACAGAGGGACCAGAAAGGUGAAUUUGCUUCCACCUGACAGCAGAAGCAAAGGGUUGUGAGACUAGGCACUGUUGUAAAUACUACACAGCAGCAAAUAUGUUUAUUGCAGCUUGCACAGGCACAGCGGCACAUUUGGGAGCUACAGCAACUGUCAAAUCCUUGGCACAUGUACUUGUAAGGUGGGGCAGUUGAAUAUGCAUUUGUGUGUGCACAGUUUCGAUGUGCGUGUUAAAAACAACAGAGCAAUGUGAAAAGCUGGCUGGGAGGCAAUGGGAAAGGAGUCGUUUCCUGAAAUAUGAAGAGAAUUAAUGGAGGGGCAGAUUUGAGAAGAUGAUUCUUGGAAGGAGUUGGGGGUCUCCUUUUCCUCUACUCCCCCCACAUGUUGCAUGAAGAAAACUGGAGUUAGUCACUUCCUCCUUUUGGUUUCCCUCCAUGUGACACUCCUCUCUCUCUUUCCCCACCCACACGCACAGACUUUCCACUAAAACAUGUGCCCCAGGACAUGGCUGUGCAAGAUGUCUUGAAAGGGAUCGGCACUUUGGGCUUCGGUACUAAAUUCAUAUAACCUGAAACAUAACCCUCAGGGACUUAUAGCUGCUGUGGAGGAGCCCUUAUUCGAAAAAGAGUGUUCCUCCAUUCAUACUUUUGGGUCACUGUAGGCAGAACAUAAUGCACAUUCUCUCAGAACGUGACUUUUUCUUAGACAAGUAAGCCAGUUUCCUAAAUUAACCUUUCAGCUGUAUAUAAAAUACACAAAGCUAGCUUGCAAUGAGAGUUUCACUGCAAUUCUCGUAAAGUGCACAAUCCUUGCAGAGUUGCUUGUAAGUGUGAAGGGGCUGCACAUAGUGUGAUCUUAACAAGGUGGGACCCUCAGCGCAGGUUAAUUUCUCACAGAUUUUAUUGCCAGAAGGUGUUAACUAGUUCAAUGUGUGCCAGGCUAAGUAAAGGCCUGGACAUGCGCCUCCUUUCACAGCUGAUGGAAAGGCCUGGUUCAAAACCCGUUGGUUUCUCUUACAGCAUGUAAAUGACAAUAAUGGAAAGGGGCACUUAUGUUUGUGCUUGCUUUGGGUGCAGAGUUUGAUUCUAUUUCAUCUCCCACUUUCCAGCGCAACAAAAGCUCCUUGCCUGUUGGGACUAACCAGUUGCCUAAUUGUCGAGGAAGGAUGCUGUGGAAAUUGUAGCUGUGCCACCGUGCCCCUUCUCCUUGCUCUUGCAGAGUUAUGAAAUGUAGAGCUUAGCCAGAAAGAAGGCUGGCAAGAUGCCAAAAGUGGGCUAGUGCCACAGGCAUGGCUUGACUAGGAGAGAGAGAGAGAGGUGCUCAGCUCUGCCUGGAGAAACACUGCCAGUGCCCCUGAAUUUGAAAUGUACAAAGGGCUGGCUGCUGCAACUUGGUCAUGAGAAAAUGGUGUUUGCCCAUGGUGCUUGCUCGUGUCAGAUUCAUUUUUUAUUUUUGUUUUAAGCCAGAAAAAGAGGUUUGAGGGAUUGUGACAAGUUCAGUUGAAAUAUUGCCAAAGCUUGUAGUGCAAAAGUCAUUCGACCACGUAAAUAUUCUGAGGGGUAUAUAUACUGUGUCCCCCUUGAAUGAGGAAUAACUCCUAGAUACAUCUUGCCCAUUUUUCUGUAAACUAUUCCAAUCUGGUGGAGGGAAAUAGCAAGUGGCACCAAAAGUUACUUUGUUUAUUUAUUGUUUCAUAAAAUUUAUAUAUUGCUAGACUGUAUACAAUAUAUUGCUAGAUUGUUUCAUAAAAUUUAUAUAUUGCUAGACUGUAAAAAAUAAAAUAAAAAUACCUCAGAGUGGUUUACAAAUAGGUUCUGCUUAUGAGCAGGCAGUAAUGAUUUCACACUUCAUAUGACCUGGGAUUGAGCUGUGGCCAUGUGAUUGGAGAUAAGUGGCAGCAGACAGAACUGGGAAGAGAGAAACUCAGUCGGGAAGAUAAGGCUGACAAUCCAGUGAGGGGGGUUAUGGCAAGAGUCUUCAAUGGGUGGGGCUGGUCCUAGCUUGGAACCUUUCUUAUGCCUCCGAUAAGAGAGAAUAUAGAACGCUUAUCUAGCUUAUUUUUCCAGUUCAAGUGACACAGGUUAAAUAGAAAUGUCAAACAGAUGAAGUCAAACUUCAGGUUUCACAGGCAUACCUUGCUUUCCACACACACACACACACACACACACACACACACACCAACACUGUUGAGGGGCAGUAGCACUGCUGAGCUGAAAUAUCUGAACGACUUUGAAACUGAACUAGAACUUGUCUAAUGCUAGAAACUAAUACCAGGCUGCAGCAUAAGGAAAUGAGGGGCCUGUGGCCUUGUCAUAUCAGAAGAGAUGUCACUACCCUUUUCUGUUGUGAAUUCCAGAACAAUAACUAUGCGAGUCUAUUGUGGCAAAACCAAUGAAGGGCGGGAGUCUUGGGAUAUCAGAAAGGAUAACAUGGCUACUGUUUUUGGUGGGUGCAGGUCCAUGAGGUGUUACACUCAGAGGUGCAACAGCAGGGGGCAGGAAUGGGACCUUGAGAGAGAUUGCAAGCAUGUGGCAUCUGUAUGUGAAGUUCAAACUGAUAAAAAAUAGUCUAUUACCAGUGGUAGUAAUUGGUAUGCUAUUUCCCAGCUCUGCUGUGGUAACGUAAUGUCCAUAAUGGGAGAAAAACCCAUGGUCUUGAUGAAGACCUAAAUCAGUGGAAUCAAAUUUGCUGAUGAACCUUGGCGGAUCAGUUUCAUGCUGGUGCUUUCUGCUGUCUUCCUUUGUACCAUGGUUUUCAAAUAAUGGUGACUUCUGGGUCAGCAUCAAAAUGUCCUGCAGUAAAAUAUUCCUCUAUUUUUGAGUUUUUAAAUAUAUUGAGUUGUUUAAUGCCAGGGUUGUGCCCAUUCAUUCUUUUGUGUAAAUUCGUCCUGUGUAGACCAUAUAAAGACAUUGUUGGCGCUUGUUCCACCCUCCAGCAUAUUAUGCCAUCACCUACUAACAAAGCCCUUCUGCUGUGCCACAAUAAAUCUAUUCCUGUAUGAGGUGCCACGAGAGCCCUUGGAGGCUGCUAACUGUGAUGUCCCCCUGCUUGUAAAAUUGGGGAAAAAAUUGUAUCCAGAGGGGAGCUCUCUGGAUUGUGUGUGCUCUUCGUUAAUUUUAAAAAAAAAAAAGUGCACUGAAGCAACCUGGAUUCUGUAACUUGCGCAAAUUAUGCAAACUUGCACCUAUUAUCUCAGUUUGCAUAAUUUUUUAUGCUUUUGCAAGUCAAGGGGGAACGCAGUGAACUCUGCAAUGUACUGACGCCCCAUUCCCUGGCUGCUAACAGAACCUUUUCCUGGCUUUUGAAAACUUUACUGGACAUUACACACGCACGCGCGCACACACACACACAGUUUGUUACUUAAAGAUGAAAAGCAUUCUUUUAGAAAGGGAAAAAGCUGACAUUUACAGGAUGCUGAAUUAUCUUCUUUUCUGUGUGUGAAUGGAAUUGGGGGAGAUGACACAACCUUGACAGUAAUCUCUGGAUUUCCGGGAGUGUAGGUUUCUGUUCUUGGUCUGUGAUUGCUCCAGGCUGGGAAGUAGCAAUGCUAUGAACCAGAGAGAACUGAGCUUUCGUUCCUUACUUUACAACAAAGGGGAAUAUGUUCCAUAAGUCCUCCUUGCUUUACCUUGGAGAGAAGUGGUGGUGAAUGUUAUGCUCUUUUUCUAUUUCAUUGGGAGACAGGUUUUUAAAGGUGAACUUAAGCAUCAGCCAGUUUGUCAAUAAUACAAUAGAAGAAAUACUGCUAUGAUGACGGAUCCCCCUUGAAAGGUGCCAGGUAGUCAGUAAUAGAAACUUCCUUUUUUAUCAAUGACACCAUUAUGGCUUUGGACUGGGGAUAGCAGAAUGAGCUGCAAAACUGCUUUUACUCUUUUCUCUGUGUUAUGCUAUAUAUAAAGAGACAGAAGAUGCCUUUCCCAUCUGGGCCAGUCUAUUAGACUUCUUACCUGCAGAGCUAGAGCUUUGAAGUGAGAUCUUUGUCAAUAAGCUGUGCUCCUGGGCCUCAGUUUCCAUUGCCAAUACUGGAUGCGUGUGUGGUUAUUAGGCUGUUAGAACAAAGUCAGAUUUAAUACAUCUCUGACUGGUUGUCUUUCCUAAUCCAGAUAGGCUCUGCCAGAGAACCGGAUAUUAAGUUUUGCUUUAUUUUAUUAUUACAUUUCUAUACUAAAGCUCUUUUUGCCCCCAAAACCAAGAGGGCUUCCUUAGCUCUGUGAUGGUUUUCCCUGGAAUGAUAUGUUCAUUUCUGAGAGAUAAGGCAUUGUUUCCGAUUUUCAGUUGGAAUCAAAUGUUGCAGCAGCUGCUUCUCGUGCCUCUUUUCCUGCCAUGUGUAUGUUUUUAAAUAAAAAUCAUUGUAUGCUAUGGCCCAGUUCUGAAAGAAUGAAGUGGGGUUUUUUUAAAUAAAGAUUUGAGCAAUUGCUAGGGACCUCACCCCCCAAAAAAACAUCUCUUGUUUGUGUCUAUUGUGACCAAGUUGGGAAAUGCAGAGUAUAGGCCUGCAUUUGCUAUAUUCUAGUGUAAAUCUAAGGUGGGUUUUUUGGAACUGGUGGGUCACAAAGGUUAUAUAAUGAUUUCCCAGUAUUUUUUUAAGGGGAGGUAUUCCUUUAAGGCCCACCUCUCCUUCAAAAGACCCAAUGUGACCUUGUCCCUAGGGAAGUGAGGUCUGUGAGGUGAAUCACCUACAUUUGGCCUAACUAGAGCAGGGUUACUCUUCCUUGUUCCAUGACUUUGGGGACAGUGUGGGCUGUCCCCUUCCCCAUCUUUAAGGAAAGAGCCAUGUUUCCCGCCUGUGAGAGAGACUUGAUUGUUUCUCCGCCCAUGAUUCAAAAGAAAUGGGGGCAGGGCAAAGGGAGCAAAGGAGAGGGAGUGACAGGGAUUUAGUCAGGAUUAUAAAGCCAUCAGCCAGGGCCAGAGGAGAUAAAACGCUUGGGAGAGAGAAGGGGAUUAAUUUUAUUUUUAUUCCUCAGCAGACUCAAGUCCCAAACGGACAGGGGGAGAUCUUAACCGAGGGGAGGGGGAGCGUUUCCAGAGAACAGCUUGCAGAUCCUUUUCCUGAAGGAAGAGCUCUUCCCAGGAGGCGGAUGUGUUGAGGAGGGACUCUCAGCACGUAGGUUCUCCCUAGAGACAUAAGCCCCAUUCAAGAGCUGUGCUCACAGGUAAAACCUACAUACCCAAGUGGGGGACAAGCCUCUGAAUCUCGCCCUCCCCACCAUUACCUUGCUGUUCAUGGAGGGCAAAGGUCUCAAGUGGGAUUUUAGCUACCUUCAACACCAUAUCUAGCUUCCUCUCCCCACCCCCAAAUCGUCAGAACUGUAGUUUACCCCUCACAGAGCUACAAAUCCCCAAACCCUUAGCAAACGACAGUUUCCAGGAUUUUUCAUGGGAAAGCCAUGCACUUUGAAUGUGCGGUGUGAAUGUGACAGUAGUGUGCUGUAUGACCAGGUUUCUGGGAAGUAGGGAAGGGCAUCAGAGCUUUCACCUUCUCAAGUUGGAAGGUGACAAGUCCGGCAACAGGGAAGCAGAGCUUGGUGGGAUCAAUUUUACACACAAGCAGAAUGCCUGAAUAGGGUCUUAGUUGCAUUUCAUUCUGGCUUGGUAAUGGCCUAGUUCAGCUGUGGGCAACUGUAGUAGAAGCUGUCCCUUGAAAGUUCCCCAUAUGGCAGCUUUUGACUGUGCUCAAACUAUGUGUGUGUCGGCUUGUUCUGUGAUGCUCACCCAGUGCCACAAAUUUUAUUGCACUCCAGUGGGGCUAUAGCAUAGCAAAAGCAGGAGAAGAAUAAACCAGAACAUUUGUGGUGUUGAAAAGCCACGGAGUUUCUGCAGAAAGUUACGGGAUAUGCGCACUGAUUUGGAAUGAAGGAGUGUGAGCACCCCCAGAACUUUUGCAAGCUCAAACAGUAUUGCAGUUGGAAUCACAUGUGACUGGUCUGAUAGCAGCAUGUGCACAAAUGAUUAUAAAUAUGAAAUAUAAAGGCCAUCUGAAGGGGUCUUAAGUUCCCUUCGUAAAGUGUGCUGUGCUUCUUGUCCCAUUGUGAGAACUGACAACUCUCCUCUCCUCUAAUAGCAAGUAAAAGGAAUCAAUUGGCCUGGCAGCUAUCAUGAUAUUAUUGCAGAUGUUGUGGUUUAGGGCUUUCACUGGCUUUGUUAAAUCCUAAAAUCAUGAGGAUCUCGGCUUUUAUUUGAAAAGAAACAAAACUCCCAAGCUUAUAUUUGCAUGCAUGGAGAAAGAUUGCCACCCGGAAUGUAAUUGGUUCAAAAGAGCUGUGCUCAGUGUUUAUCUCAAUUUGCAGCUAUUUAGUAUAAUUAUUUUUACAUGCUGAUGUCACGGCUCAUAACUUUUGAAUAUGUGGGGUUGGUAGUCCUUUGGAUCUGUUUGUUAAAAGCAUCUAGGUCCCAAAGUAGGAAGCAGUGUGUGUGUGUGUGUGUGUGUGUGUGUGUGUGAUCUUUAGGGUGACUUGGUGACCUGUGUAUGCUUUCUCUCUCCCUUCUCUGUAGGCUUGCCAACUUCAACAAAAAACGGCAUCAACAAAUCCUAGCCUCUGGUAAACUGUUCUAACCUGCCCCACCUAUCUUGGUGGUUGUUUCCUUUAAGGAAAUCAGAGAAGCUCUUCACCUCUGAUCAUCAGUACUUGUUUGUCCUUCUUAUCCUUUUGUUCUUCUAAAACUCAUGUUGUCCACUGAGAACACUGUGGUCCAUCUGUGACAGCAGUGGCUUCUGUUCUAUUCCAUGAAUUUCCAACUCUGUUCUGUCCCAGGUUUGCUGCAUGAAGACCCUUUGACAAGUCACACCCACACCAUACAUUUACCCCCCUCAAAGGAAUAAUGGGAACUGUAAUUGACCCCCCACAGAUCUCCAAUUCCCAGCACCCUGAACAAACUACAGUUCCCAGGAUUCUUUGGGGGAAGCUGUGUGCUUGAAUUGUGGAUUAUUUCCAUUGUUGAUCAAGCAUAUUAGUUUCACAGAAAGCUAUAGAAUAUUUUUUUUAAAAAAUGCCAGCCUGAAUUAAGGAACUUGGGGACUUACAGUUCUUAAGAGAUCAUGGUCACAUACACUGCAUACAUUUAAAACACUAUUAUACCACUGGGAACUGUAGUUUAAGAGUGCUGACCUAACACAGCCACAAUUCCUAGCACCCUCAAAACAAGCCAGGCUUUCCAUGACUGUUAAAGUGGUUUAAAUAUAUGGUGUGGAUCUGACCCUUUUCUCAUAGAAGAUACACUACUCUCUGUCUCUCAAACAAGAAGUUCUAGAGUUUUUAUUAUAUGGAAUUACAAUGUUCCUUUAAGUCAUAGAGUGGUCUGUAUCAGAUAAAACUCUGGGAAAGCUGUGUUUCAGCUUAUACAAAACUUUUAAACUUAUACUUUGAAAAUCAUUUUUAGAACAGUUUAUAUGGUAAUUAAAAAAAAGUUUUUAAAAGUUAACUAGUGGAAGCUGACAGCUAAAAAGCCAACUACUGAGACGUUAGCUAUUUCUUUAACUUUCCAGCCAAUUAUGGUACCAGCUAAAGUUCUAUGGCUACUUGGAAAAAAGACUGAAGUCCUAACCUUACUCACCUGGGAGUCAGCUUCACUUAAUUUAAUAGGACUUACUUCUGCGUAGACAUGGUUAAGAUUCUGCUGCCCUUCCCUCUGAGCUAAGUUGAACUUGUUCUCUGCUAAGUGUGGCUUGGCUUGCAGCCUUAGUUGUUUUUAAAUGUUGUAAGUUUUUGAACUUGUGGCUCCAGAAGCAUGCCUUAUGAAGUUUAAAUAAUAGCUCUUCUCACAUGUCCAGGCAAAUGACUGUUUGUAUGGGCAAGUGCCCUGCUCUUUAGAACAAAGGAAAAUAGUGGGAUAGCCCACAUGGUAGCUUCCAGAUGUUGUGAACUACAUCCCUGACCAUUGGCCAUGCUGGCAGGAGCUGGUGGAAGUUGGAAGCCAACAACAUCUGGAUGGCCACAGGUUCUCCAUUCUGGCCUUAGGCCUUACACUGAACUGAAGGGCUUCAUUUCUUUGGCUAGCAAACAGAAGUGACUUUAGGGAAGGCACUACGUUAGUAUUUCUUCAUUUCUUUUCUCUAGAAUUUCUCCUUUUUGAAUUUGAAUGGCAGAACAAAGGCAGCCUCAGCCAAAGGGGAAGCCCUGAGUCAGAAGGAUAGGCUGUCGCUUCUUAGGAAAAGACAUUUUGUUUUUGUGUACAUAUAGCAGAUGUCUGCCCUACCCUUCAGCAAGAGCUUUCAGGGCAGCUCGCGGCCAAGUGAAGCCAAUUAAAAGAGUAAAGCAGCAUGGCAGCCAAACCUACAAACUGAAACAGCAGCAGAAGAAAAAUGUGUAAGCUGACAUUUAAAAAGGUCUGGGAGGAUAAAAAGGUCUCUGCCUAACACUGAGAAGACCUAAGAGUAAAUGCCAGGCAAUGCUUGUGUUCCAAAGCUGGGGUACUACAGCCAGCUGCCUCACCUCGGAAGGCAAGGGCUCCGAAGGUGGUUAACAAACAGGCAGAUACUUGUGGUCAAAGGUAGGGCUUUACAUUGUGCACUUUGAAUUGUGCUUGGAAGUGGGCUGGCAGUCAGGGAAGUUGUUUCAAAACUGGCAAGAGGGGCUUUCCAAGGCUACUCUUAGUUAAUAGUCAAGCAGCUGUGCUCUGAGGUUUUUAGGAAGUCUUCAAAGGCAGCUCCACAUAUAAUGUGUUGCAAUUAUGUUCUUCUGGUAGCAUGCCAAGAUCUAUUAGGGCACUUGAAGAGAAACUAAAGGUUCCUGUUUCAGUGGCUGGUGAAGUCAUGGCAUGCUGCUACCUAGCUGCAUGGCAUGCUAGGUGCAGUGGUACCUCGGGUUAAGAACUUAAUUCAUUCCGGAGGUCCGUUCUUAACCUGAAACUGUUCUUAACCUGAAGCACCACUUUAGCUAAUGGGGCCCCUGCUGCCGCGCCGCCAGAGCCCGAUUUCUGUUCUCAUCCUGAAGCAAAGUUCUUAACCUGAAGCACUAUUUCUGGGUUAGCAGAGUCUGUAACCUGAAGCGUCUGUAACCCGAGGUACGACUGUACUUCACCAGCGGUGAAAGGUGGGCAUGAAGUCUCAGCAUAUUGUUGUGGAGUGGUAAUAGUCACUGUAAGCUUCUGCUUUUUAAUUUGAGGUGUGUGGGGACCAGCACUCUGACCAGCACUAUAACAUCAUUUGACAUCAAUUUCUUUUAAGGGAUUGUGGUGGCGAAUGGGUGUGAUUAAAGCAGGUCGGGUUAGCACAAAGCAAGCAGUACAUGCAAUACUUCCUCCACAAUACUUCUGCAGUUCAUAAAUGGUGCUGUGUGGUAACAAGCAUCAUCCACACAUAAACACAUCAGAGGGCUGUGUAGUAAUGCACGGCUGUGAAUCUACUCUAAGGAACAAUCUAAUCCUAGGCAGUGUUCAUUGGACAAUCCUGCAGUGUACAGAAUUUUCUGUGCAGUUAUGGUGGCUGGUAGUCAGCAGAAUAUAUGGAAAUCCUGUAAGUCUAAGGUUAGAAUGUAACAUAAGAAAACAAGGCUAUUUUUGCCUUGUGUGAGUGUGUAUGUUGGGCCAUUUUGUUUUCUCCAGGGCCAGGCUGCCAAUAUGUACAACAAAUGGUAGACUUGUUUUGCAUCCUGGUUCUGCAGGAGGUGCUACAUGAUGCUUUGAGGAGAUUUCAGAACCAAUUGUGGCAUGCUAUCUGUACUUUGGGCUGGUUUCUGUGCAAGGAAAUCGGACUCUUAGGAUUAGUUGACACACUUACCUAAAAUUUAUUUUCUUGAACGUGAUGGAGCAAUUUCUUUGCAAGUCAGGUGGAAGUGUGUAUAUCACACAAUGCAUAUAUAACAAGGAAAAUAGAGGUGGUGGCCUAUUAUUUUUAUAGUGGUUUUGUAUGCAAAGUGCAUUAUAAUUAUCUCUAUAUAACAACUCUUUGAGAUAGCCGUUUGUUCUAGACCACCCAGCAGUCUUCAGUGACUUGAGCAGGACUUUGAAGUUUGGACACCCACUGUCAAGUUGUGUGCUCAAAUGACAAAAAUGCAGAUGACUACUGUUGGUAAAGCAGCUGAAUCUGCUAUCAGUUCUGAAAUCAAAACUCUGGCUGAUAUGUGAUUAUUUGCUUGGCUUACAAAUCCCUAACAGAUGACCAACAUGCAUCCUGUUCUCAGCGGUUUCCUGAGUAGAAACUUCAAAUUUAGUUCUUUGUAAAAAGGGUGGGCUGGCUCUCUGAGCAUGUGACGGUCAGAGUUGGAAUGAAACUUAUUGCUCCAUGAACUGGAUGAUGAAAUCGGCAGCCAGCCUUCUUCUGCUCUUCUCCCCUGCAAGGAGAGGAAGAAGGAGGGCAGCUGCAUCAGCACUUGUGCUUAGCUGAGUGUAGUGAGAGUAAAGUUCAGCAGAAUUGUUUGUGAGGACAGAAUGCAGCUGUGAAAAAUGUGCUCAGAGCCUACAUACCUUGACCUUGGAUCCUUUGAGGAGUAGAAGUAGCCAGUGCCAUGGGAGUCAUACCUCAUGAGAACAUCAGGUGAUAAGUUGUUCCAGUUUUCUAGUCUUUUGCCACUGGUCAUGUAUUACCUUUCCACCUAGUUUCCUGUUGACAUUGGUUUUAGCAAAAGCAGUUAUUGCUUUGGGCUUGUUUGGAUGUUAUCCCUUUGAGGUAUAAACUUCCUUGAAGAUGCGGUUGUAACAGGUGUCUCCAUUGCUUUUCAGACAGAAAAAAGGCCAUUCCCUGGUCUCAAAUCAGCUUUCUGCUAUCCUGUCUGAGGUCUCAUACAUACCUCUGCUUGUUCUGUGCCUAGAAAGAACAGGUCUGAGUGGUUUUGCUGUUGCCCUGCCACUUUCCCCCAGAUAUCCUACUCUUUAGAGCUAAACUGGAGCAACCAUCAAUCCGGAGAGACCCAAUAGACCUUUUUCUCUGAUUCAGUGGUUUUCCCAGGUGAAAGCAGUGAAGCAAGUGGAAGCUAUAUCUCCUUGAAAAAUAAGGAUACAAACCACAUGAUAUUCUAGUUGUACCAUGUUUGGUCCUUCCUGAAAGUGUGGCCUAGAACCUCAGCAUAGACUAGUGGUUUGGGUUAACCACUUGAAUCAUAGAAUUGUAGAGUUGGAAGCGACCCUUGAGCUCCAUGUAUGUGCAGCACAAAGCUAAUUGGGCCACCAUACACAGUUACCUGGGGAUAAGCACCAUUAAACUUCAGGGCUGUAAUGCCUUAAUACACCCCUUCUCUCAUCUGCAAGGGAUAUGUAAGUUGCAUCAAGGCUUCAUAUUUCCAGGAUCAAGCUCCUCCGCACAAUACAUUAAUGUGAUAUUUCCUAUAACACUUACAUCAUACAGUGGUACCUCGGGUUACAGACGCUUCAGGUUACAGAACCCAGAAAUAGUACCUCUGGUUAAGAACUUUGCUUCAGGAUGAGAACAGAAAUUGUGGCGGCGGCAGGAGGCCCCAUUAGCUAAAGUGGUACCUCAGGUUAAGAACAGACCUCCAGAACUAAUUAAGUUCUUAACCUGAGAUACCACUGUAUUAUGGAGCACUUCUGUGUAAGCCUGAAAACUGAUUUCUGUUGGUGGACUUGACUGCUUUUGACAAAAUGUUCUCAGUUCUUAAUAGUAUGGUGGAACAACUGAUGUGGUGCAGCUAUUUCUGCUGAGACUGGACAUGAGACACAGGAAAGGAAUCCCAGCAGCACAUCAGUGUGCAGUUUUUGAAUUGUGCACUUUUGUUUUAAUUCCAUGCCGUUUAGCUUAGUUUUAUUUAAAAGACUUUUAACCCACCUUUCAAGGUGCAGGGGCCUCAUGAGGUGGUGUGCAAGACUCUAAAACACCUUAAAAUAGAAUAGCUACAAUUUCAACAUUUAAACCACAAACUAAGAUAAGAGAGCAAGAGAGAGAGCGCACACACACUGGCAGCAUUUGCCUCCCCAUAUGCAGCACAAUUCAAUCCAACAUAGAAAAUAAUUAAAAUGCAUUUAUAGUUCUUCUUUUUUUAAGCAACAAAGCCCUAUGGCCUAUGUAUUUCUCCAGGGAGGGAGUUCCAAAGCUGUGCAGCCACCACUGAGAGAGCCUCAUUAUCACUAAUAGUAGCUCUCUCUGGCGUGGACUCGUUAUAUUAAACAAAAUCAUUACAUCUGUAUGGCAAGUGUGGCUAACCUGUGGCUUUCCAGAGGUUGCUAGACUCCAGUGUCCAUAAUCCCUGACCAUUGGCCAUACUGUCUGAGGCUGGUGGGAGCUGGAGUCCAGCAACUUCUGGAGGGGCUCAGAUGUUUGCUGGGAUAGCAGUGGACUGGAGGAAGAAUUGGCCUAUUGUGAAAAUUGGGAUUUAAUGUUUACAUUAGCUGCUUCAAGCUGUGGAGAGGCAGGUAAAAUGGGUUAAAUGAAUUCUAGGAAGUUGGGACCGACAUAUAGCUGUGUGUAAGGUAUCUGCCAAGGCAACAUGGCUUAGCUUGAAGGUUUGAGAACUACUCCCAUAGCGGAGUACCCAGUCAGAAUACUGCCGAAAGGCUUCUCCGGCAGAUUGCAUGGCAUCUCCUUUCCGCUUUGAAGGAGAUCGUUUUUAGGCAGCACUGUAUUAUUUCUCCCUGCCUGCUGUAGGUUCUGCUGCUCAAGCAGAGGAAUGUGUUGAGUUCAAGCUCCUGUAUAUACAGCAAUAGAGUUGGGUAUUCCUUAGAGGUUCUGUGACAAGGGAGAAGACCAAGCAGAGGAAGAUGAUGUCGCAUGAGAACGUUGCGUGUGAGGAGGCAGAGAUAAAAAGAGCAGAUGUCGCCAGAGCCCAUGUCUAUCUCUAAUUUCCAUAACUCUGUAAAUAGAGCAGAGAAUACUGUUAAAGGCUGGGGAAAGGAAUAUUGUGCGGGUUCAAUGAAUGAUUCCCGCCAGUUGCGCAAUAGGGCUUCUCCUCCCCCUGCACACACCCCAAAAUUGACUUUAGGGGAGUUGGGAGAAGCCCUGGUACAGCUCACAGGGGGGGGGGGAGGAGAGGUGGAAUCAUUCCAUCUGGCAAGCAGAAAUGGUUGCUUGGCUGGGGGGGGGGGAUUACCUUAACACGAUGUUGAAUUCUUCCCACUGAGUAGUACAGAAUUCAAACUGAGCUGUGACUAGUGUUCCUGGGCCUCCCCCCCCCCUUUGGCUUUUUGCAUAUUUAUGACCCAUAAGGAGCCCAUCACCACACCUUUCAACGAGUUCUGUGAAGCACUACAUCCCCAAAUGAAUCCAAGCCAAGGCAGCAUACAUAAAUAAAAAGCAUGGACUCAAAUUCACCCACUGCCAUUUUGAGGAAUUCCUCAUUUUCACCAAUGGUAGCAAAUGUGAUCUGUUCAUAUCUUUAAAUUGCCUGUGGACAUGUGAAUGCCUGCCAGAACAUUCGGGGAGGUGUUUUCUGCUUCUUGGAAUGUUACAAUUCUGCAAGUAGCUUUGUAAUUCUUUUCCUACACCCCUAACUUUCUCCUUGUUCAGUCCAUUGUGUUGCCAGUGGGAAUGGUUAUGUUUCUGAGGCAGCUCCCUUUGAGUCCAUCCUAAUUACUGGCAACAUAAACUAAAAGCACUGUUUUCUGACAUCUCCUUUUAGUCAUUUUUCUCCUUCCAUUCUGUUGACUCUUCCAGAUCCAAAUGUAUUUUAUUUGCUAAUUAUCCCAAAGUGUGCUGACAAUAUUCUUCACUUCAGACGCUAAAAUAUGAGAAACAGUAAUUUUAAAACCCAUCAGCCACAACCCUAAGUAGGCUUACUGAAAUGGGCCUGGGGAGAAUGUGGAGAAGUAUUGUUUAAGUAUUUAGAAGUUCCUGUCUAGACUAGGUCUAUGCGGUUCCCCCCACAAAGGCAGAAACAUUACUUCACCUGCAAAUGGAGCUUAAGGUUUAAACAACAAACUUUCAGGAACUCCCAUUUUGUGAGUUGCCUUGCUAGAUACUUUACAGAGCAAACAAGGGGAACGUGCUCGCUUCCCCCUUGCUGUUUGCGCUUGGUGUGACCCAAAGAUGCAAUUUAAUCUAAGCAGCAAGCAUAGCUGCUGAGUCUGUGCAUCAAUAAAAGUAAACUCUGUAAUUUCCCUCAGAGGACUGCUUAAUAAAUAGUUAGAAAAAAUGAUUUAUGAGAAACGUGAAGGCUACAAUACCAAUGCCUUUUGAAGGGCUUGCCACUGCUUUUCUUCACAGGGGUUUAGGAAGGGGGGCAGAUGCCCCGGGUGCCCUCACAGAGGGGGGUGACAUUUGACGCACCGCCUGCCCACGACUCCCAAGCCUACCCCGAGCCACUGGGGGAAGGGGGGAGCUGCGCCGCUUAGCUGGUGGCAUUCCCCCCUUCUCUCUUCAUUUUGACAGCUUGGGGGAGGCUUGGGAGUAGUGGGUGGCCCACACGCCGAAUGUCCACCAUGGGCGGCUCGCACAGCUGCAGGGCGCACGUGCCGCUCUGGGCACCCGAACGGCUAUCUCGCGCCUGGGAGGGCACCCUCCGCACCACACACCCCUCAGGAGCGCACCCGCCCUGAGCAGCGCGGACAUAUGCUCCGCCACUGUUUCUUCAUUACCCCAUUUUUUAAAAGUCAAAUAACCUAGUAUAUGUCCUGGAUGCCAAUGUAAGGAGUGGACAAGCCCUAUGAAUGCAUCCUUUUCAAAAGCCUUAUUGACUUCAAUUCAUAUUCUGCCGUCCAGCCUGUUGAAGUUCCUUGUUCAAGCAUUGUGCAUGAAUCCUAAAUAUGACUGCUGCUGAAUUCUCCUUUGACUCUCAUGUGUUCCUAGCCAAUGGUAGGGCUGUGUAGUCUGCGCCAUGGAGACUAACUUAUAUAACUGAAAUAUACAGUUUUGAUAUAGAAAAGCUUCUCUAAAAAUCAGGUGCUGAUGACUUACAAUUUCUCAUACUCUUCUUUUUCCUUCCCUACAUUUAGCUCAGGGGUGGGGAAGUUUCUGACCUUGUGGGCUAGAUCUUUUUCUCUCCCCAUUGGUCAACUUUAACAGGUGGGCAGGACCACUCACCUGUCAAUCAUCUGAUGUCCCAAUGAUGUGAGUUAUCCUGUCCACCUGUCAAAGGUGGCCUGCUGGGGUGGCAGGAGUUAGCAACCAAGCAGGUUUGAACUCCUUGUUUCAGCUGAUGUGCAGGCAAUCCUACCUGCCCCACACCUGGCACCACUUAUGCUGUCAGGCAUGGGGCAGGUAGGCAUGGUUUGGGGGAAACAGCCUCACAGGCCAGAUUUAGCCCACAAGCUGGAGGUUCAUCAACUCUGAUUUAGAUGAUGCCAAAGAAGUGAACCCCUAUUUUUGCUCCGAAAUUAGUUGAUGUCUUCAUUUGUGCAGUUUCUUUUAGAAAAGUGGUAUAAAUAAAAUAGAUAUUGCAUAUUGCAAUUGCAUGCUUGACUUCGCAGAAUUCUUCUUCUAAGAUUGAACUGUCCAAAUAAUGUGGGGUGGGUAUGUGUGUGUGCUGGAACUGUUAUGGCUGUUGGGGAGGUUUGAAAUAAAGCAGGGGAAGAAUAAGAGAUAAAGGAUUGGUGAGCUAUAAAGAUAUGGGAUAAAAAUGAGAUGAAAAUUCAUUUUCGUAAAUUCUAAUAAUUUAAUAGACUGUCUUGUUUAGGACAACUCAUUGUUCUAUUUUGCUAAUUAUCCUGUGGAGUUGUGAUACACUUGGGUGUGGUUGCACUUUGUUCUUUUAAGGCUUAUUGUCCCCCAAACCAUAACAUUAUUUGAUUUGAUCAGUUUGAUCAAGUGAUUGCUGGAUAUUAUAGUUACUGUUGCAGUUUGCUCACUCAUUGUGGACCAUGGUAGAUUAUGAUCACUGUGUGGAAGCCUGCCCAAAAGUAUUCUGGGUUAAAAAAAAAUCUUGCCUUGUGCUGUGAUAACACUGAAUGAACGAGGAAGGUAGAGGAUAAGUAUUGCUAGGUUUGUUCAUGCUUUGUGGUGUUAAAGACAUCUGCCCAUUCAUGAUGGUGCUUUUUAGGGCUCCUGAACAUGAGAGUAUUUAGUAAUGCUUUUCCUUCAACCUGCAGAUUCAGUACAAUAACACUGAAGUAUAGUUUAACCUGAAUUCAGUAUCCACAAUAGUUUGCUCUGAGAUAGGCCUUCACUGUCUUUCUCUAUUAAUUUUGUUGUGAUCUUACAGACUGCUGCCUUUAGGGAAUCAUUGAUCCUAGCCUGAAGAAGCAUAUAUUUAUUCCGAGUGAGCUCUGCUGAAUUAAUUGGCAAUUACUUCCUGGAAAGUACCGUAUGUUUAAGAUAGCAAGUGAAAUAUCAAAGUAGUAUGAAAAUGGAUCAGUUCUCCUCACCACACAAAUUGGCAGAGUUAGGUUUGAAUAAGGGCACUUAAUGUGCUUGUGUUUCCUUCCUUAUUGUUGAGUCUUAACAUUGCAUAGCACAAGGGUAGCCAGCAUGGUGCCCUUGUGGAAUACAGUGGUACCUCGCAAGACGAAUGCCUCGCAAGACAAAAAACUCGCUAGACGAAAGGGUUUUUUGUUUUUUGAGCUGCUUCGCAAGAUGAUUUUCCCUAUGGGCUUGCUUCGCAAGACGGAAACGUCUUGCAAGUUUGUUUCCUUUUUCUUAACACCGUUAAUACAGUUGCGACUUGACUUCGAGAAGCAACUCAUAGAACGCGGUGUGGUAGCCUUUUUUGAGGUUUUUAAAGACUUUGGUGAUUUUUGAAGCUUUUCCAAAACUUUCCCGACACCGUGCUUCGCAGGACGAAAAAAAUCGCAAGACGACAAAACUCGCGGAACGAAUUAAUUUCGUCUUGCGAGGCACCACUGUACAAAGUCCAUCAGCCGCAGCCAGCAUGGCUAGUGUCAGAGAUGAGAGGAGUUGUAAUCCAAACUACAUCUUGAGGGUCACAGGCUCCCCAUUUCUGAGAUAAGCCAGUGUCAUUGUCCCCCUUAUGGCUGAUGAGGAACUGAGGUUGAGAGAGCAUGGCUGCCACUUAGUGGGUCCACGGUGGAGGUAAGAUUUGAACCAGGGUCUUCCUUAUUCACAGCUCACAGAUUAAUUCUAACUAUGUCUACUCAGAAGUAAAUCCUAUUUAGUUAAAUAGGGCUUACUCUCAGGUUAAUGGGGUUGAGAUUGCAGCCUCUUAGGCACUGUGCUGUAUUGCAUUUAGUCAUGUUCUUUAAUCCCUUGAAAUUUUGAAAACCUAUAUUUUACUUGCUUCAUCUCCGCUCUUCAGAAUCACUCCAUUUGUUCACUGAAAACUGAAAGUCCCCUCCAUAUGUUUUAAAAGUUUGUCAUGACGGAAGGUCAUAAAAAUGGCACUUCUUUAGAGCUAACCAUUAAGGAAGGUGAGACUGAGUCUGUUUUUAGAAUGUGUGCGGUUUUUGAGUAACAGAUGACAGUGCUUUAUUUUUAAAAGGGGCCUCUUUUUGCAAUUAACAGAAGGUGUUUGUUCAGCAUGUGGUGUGUCAUAAAUCAAGUAAGACCUUUGGUCAUCAAUCACUGUUUUGUAUUUAUUUAAGGUAAUUAUAUCCUACACUUCAUAAUAUUUACCCCAGGAUGGUUUACAAACACCAGCGGGAUUGGCAGCUUAUGUGAUGGAGGGUGCUGAAAUUUGUAAAUAUUUUCCUUCAGUCAGUGCACGUUAAUCACUAAUGGGCCUUCCUUCUGACUAUAUCCUUGAACUAUAUCCAUCAAAGGGAAAACUUUGUACCCUUGAGGAAAUAAGUAGCUGAAUAGUCUUUUGCAGGUUCUCUUACUGCCCUAACCUUUGUCUCACAAACAAACCUACACACACACACACACAGAGAGAGAGAGAGAGAGAGAGAGAGAGAGAGAGAGAGACUGAGACUGUAUAGGAAGUACCUCCUGAUGAACUGUAGCCCAAGUAUCUGUUUGCAGUGCUAGGGCUUAGACACACUGAGCAACUGCAACCUAUCCCUUCCCCAACCUGGUGACCUCCAUAUGUUUUGGACUACAACUUUCUUCAGCCCCAGACAGAACAUGCUGGAGCUGAUUGUUCGUUGUCGUCCAUGACUUAGGGAGCAAACCAGGCAUGGCAAGGCAAGGCUGCCUUAGAGCAAAAGGGACUGGCUGUGAUAGCAACACAGCUUAUAUUUGUGCCCCUGUAAUGUUGCUAAGUUUUACACCAAAGCGUACCUACUUGCUUUCACUGGGAGAUGUUUGUUCUUAAAAUUAAUCCAGGUCAAACAGUCCAAAUUCUGUUUUGAGCUUAUGCAGUACAGUAUAACUAGUCUGAAAAGUUUGUAUGAAGUUCUUUUUUUUUGUAUUUAAAAAAUACUUUGUAUGACUUGCAUACAAGCCAAAAAAAGAUCAAUUUCUGUUCUAAUACUUAUUGCCUAUUGAAUUUUUAUUGUUGUGACCUGCCCUCAGGUCAUUUGAUGAUGAAGGCAGGAUUUCAGCAAUAUAAAUAAUAUUAUUUUUUAGAAGACUCAUAGUGGAACAAAUUCCCUUUGUGAUAUUCAACUUAGGCCGCAAGCUAAACCUACUUACCUGGGAAUAAGAUCCACUUAAUUUAAUCAGACUUACUUCUGACUGAAUAGACAUGGUUAAGAUUGUUCUGUCAGUCUUACUUGAGGUAGCCCCACUGAAGUCAAUGGAUUUAAUUUCAGUGAGUCUGCUUUGAGUAUGAUUAAGCUGGAUAUCACCCUUUUUUAUUUUUAACAGGGGCCCCCAGUUGCAAAGUGCCUUCCUACCAGCCUUUAAUUACUGCCCCACCCCAAAUGUCCCCCCUCUCUGCCAUCCACCCGUUCCAUGUUUGCUGCUCUGACUGUUCGCUGUCAUCCCACACCCCCUCAAGAUGCAUUGGACUGAAGGACAGAGGGUUUUUGUAGAGCAUGCUGUGAGGGUGUAAUGCAAUUAAACAAGGAUGCUAGCCAUCUGUCCUGGUUUUCAUCAGGCUGAGGAAUGAAUCAUGUGUUCCUGUAGAGGCAGAGUUGGGGCACACUCAUCUUUGGACCUCCAUGCCUAGACAAGAAGAAGUGCUGUUGUCUGCAUGUGGGAUGUUACAUGCAUAUUACCCUUUAAUUUAGAGGGAGGUGAAUUGGAAGCAAAAAAUGCAUGACAAGAAGGUACGACCAGUGCUUUUUUUCUAGGAGGACGCAGAGGUCCGCAUACCCCUAAACAUUUUGUGAAUCUAAGUUUGGCCUCAUUGAAGGGCAAUAUUUCAAUAUGAGUAGGAAAAUGAGAGCACCCCUAAACAUUUUUUUUAGAAAAAAAGCACUGGUACGACACAGAGACCUGAGUGCACAGUCAAGUAAAUUUGCUGCUGAAGAAGGAAAGGGAACGGUGCAAGUGUAAGCAAUUUCUGAUUGCCUGGAAGUGAUGGAGUGCAUCACAGGGAAGGCUGGAAUGUGGGGAACGUCUGCGGGGGGGGGGGGGACGUGUCUCUGUGCAUGCAGAUCAGACUGUCUCCGUGUGUGAGAGCAGGACGCCCCCGCCCUUCUGCAGGCAGCAAUCCGUUAAUACCUCUUGCGGUGUGUGUGUUCAGGACCAGAUGUGAGAUUAGAUGCACUCCUUGUGAAUGCAGAUGGCUCAGUCACCUUUCCACUAACAUAACCUCUGACCUCCAUUUUGUGAGACUGAAGAGCACUUAACUGUAGUGGCUUUAGUUACUGAGCCAAGUAGCAGCACCUUGGAGGGACUGUCUGUGCUACUUAGAGAACCAAAGUCCGCUUUUUGCUGCCUGAACCACGAGACUUUUCUCUCUGAGGAAGCUGUAGAAAGGAGACGUUGUGCUUGCUUAUCCUCUGGUGUGUAACAUUUCCUGCUAAACUGCCCAUAAAUGGUCUUUGGAGUAAUAGUCUCCAUGGCAAGGAAGUCUUUUUGCUGUCUCCUAUUGUUUCUAAAUUAUUGUACAUUGUGUCUUUAAUAGUGUAAGCCAUCUGGGAAGUGGUUUUUUUUAUUGAUGGGCGGAAGCUAUAUAAAUGUAGUCAAUAAACAGCAGUGAUACUGGCUGUGGGAAGCCGUAAGCCGUGAGAGCAUUUCAUUUUAAUUCUAUUUAUCUAAUUGAAAGCAUUUCUAAACUGCUGAAUGCUUUAAGAUCUCUUCACAAAAAUGCCAUAUAAAAACAGAAAUUUGGUAAUAACAGGGUCCGGUGAAACCUAGACAAAAAUAUGUCUUUACAAGACAUCUGAAACAACUGGUGGAUGAUGUGUCAUGUAUGGAAGACGGAAGGACUUUCCAGAGGCAAUGCUUUGUUUGUUUUUGGUUCAGUGCCCUGCAAUAUUCUGUUAGGGUGUGAUUCUGUGAGUAAAAUUUCCUCAGAUGAUCUUACAGCACACGAUAUAGGGGGAAGCAGUCUUUCAGGUAACCUGGUCUUUAAGUCAUUCAGGGCUUUGUAUCUUAGCAACAAGACCUUGAACAUGACCUGAUAGCUAACUGACAGCCAAUGAAGCUGCCUCAGAACAGGUGUACUAUGUAUAUCUCCAGGUGUCCCACUCAACAGCCUGGGGCAGCGUUAUGUGGAGGGAGCCCCACAUAAAGCAUAUUACAGUCGAUGAGUUGUGAGGAACUCAUGACUCAUGGUGGUCACAGGAAAUGGCAUAGUUGGUGCACCAAAAUCAGUUGAUAAUAGGUGCUCACUGAAGUUGCUUGGGCCUACAGUGACAAAGGUGGUUCUAGAGUUGCCCCCCCCCCAAAAAACACAACAACAACAGUGUGCCUAUUUUGUCAGAGGGAGUGCAACUCUGUCCAGAACUGCUAAAACUCCCCAAUCCUGUAUCUGGGAACAAAUUAUUUCAUCUUCCCUCAACAUUUCUCAUGAUGAUUUGCCUGAGUCUUUGCCUGAAUUUUUCUUUUACUAAGGAAGCGAAUUUGGGUGGCAGCUCUCAUUUGAUUUUUUUACUGUUGAAUCUUGUUUUAGCAGGUGCAGAGGGUAGCUUGAGGGGGGUGCAAGUGAAAGAUGGAAAUCGUCUAAUUCUAGGUCACUGGCUCCAGUCCAGCUUCAGAUUCAGAACUGAAAUUGCUUGCAUCCAAUAAAUUACAGCUGGGAACUGUUUCCUCCCCUUCUUCACUCGCAGUGUUCUUUUCUGCAGGGCUCGGACCUUCUGUACAUUUCUCUGCUCAAGCUGCUUCACACACAAUGCUUUUUUCUGUUUAGAGUCAAGACAAAAUGUGUACACGAUCAUAUAUUAAAAGCCUGUCCCUGGCUGUUUUGUCACAAAUACAUGCGUUUGGAAGCUAUUCUAUUAACUUGAAAAUAAAUUCAUGGAGAAAGCUCAUCUGCAUUCUCUGUCCAGCUCAAUUUGACCUGUGGAAGAAAGGAAAAACUCAGAAUUGAAAGCUGGAAGAAGCAUUCUUCUUUUGAAUUGAUAUUUCUCUGACUGCAUAAGCAGUAGCAUAUUCCAUUCCUCCAUACCAGCCUUCCUCAAGCUGUCUUCCUUCCAGAUGUUUUGUACUAUAUCUUCCCCACUGACCAUGCUGGGAGCUGUGAUCCAAAAUAUCUGGAGGGACAGAAGGUUGGAGAAGGCUCCUCAGUACCCUUGGACAACUUUUGGGCAAACAUAGAUUUUUUUGCUCGUUUCUGCUUGUUUCUCUAUUGCUCCUGUCCAAGUUUGGGUCACACAGAAUAGAUGUAGAUGUUGUUGGGCAGCAAGACAGUGUGUUUUAUUGAUUUCUCCUUGCUCUUCUAACCGCAGAUAACUGAAGUGGCUCACAAAGUGUUAAAACAACAGUAAUUAAAUCUGAAAUAAAAGUUUUUGUUUUUGUUUGUAUUGCGUAGUUUGAGUUCUCAUUUUGUAUUUUUAUGUUGCGAACUGCCCUGUAAUCUUCGGGUGAAGGGUGGCAAGCAAAUUUAAUAAAUAGUAAUGAUAAUGAUAAUUAACUCAGGCAUUCUAGACUUUUGUUGAAGGGCAAUAUGGACAUACCUGUAAUUCAUUAUUGAGUCUUUGCUCCAGCUCAACCUGUCAGACCUAUGUUAUAUGUUAUGGCUUGUUGUGGCUGGAUCCCAUGCUACUGCCAGAAUGCUUGAAUAGCAGGGAGGGUGGGAGGUGUGUGGCUCACAUGGGAAGCUUCCAUAUUAGCUAGCCACAAAGACUCCUGCAGAGGCAUGGGGUCCAGGCAACCAACCAUUUUGCAUCAGUAACAAUAAGAAUUUGCUCAUUGUUAGAGUAGAUGUAUGGAAGGUAAAGGUAAAGUGACCCCGACUAUCAGGUCCAGUCGUGGAUGACUCUGGGGUUGCAGUACUCAUCUCGCUUUACUGCCCGAGGGAGCCGAAGUACGGCUUCCGGGUCAUGUGGCCAGCAUGACUAAGCCGCUUUCUGGCAAACCAGAGCAGUGCAGGGAAACGCCAUUUACCUUCCCGCUGGAGCGGUACCUAUUUAUCUACUUGCACUUUCAUGUGCUUUCAAACUGCUAGGUUGGCAGGAGCAGGGACUGAGCAACGGGAGCUCACCCUGUCGCAGGGAUUCGAACCGCCAACCUUCUGAUCAGCAAGCCCUAGGCUCUGUCCAACCAACAGUGCCACCCACGGCCCUCUUAGAUGUAUGGUAUACAGCUUUUUUUAGACAGCAAUUUUUAUUAUAUAGUCACAGACCCAGUAUUUCAUUAAGAAGCUGUGUCUGACCUGUACCUUGUAUUUUCUUCCAACUUUCGAUCAACUCACGUUCUACAAGAAGGCUAUAUUUCCUUCUCAUGGCUCACAUGGUCUACGGCAACAGUCCUCGCAGCCAUCCAAGUCAACCAUCUGUAAUAAUUUAUUAGAAUCUUAAAAGCCAUUGUGUGCUUCACAACUGACAGCCUCUAAGGUUACUGAAUCUGUCACUAGAUCUUCCAGUCUUUUUAAGGAUUUUUGUUUUCAUUUUCUCCUCGUGAUCUUGGGAGUAGCUGGAACAUUGAGAUAAGAUGACUGCUCUUCCUCAAUUUUGUAAAUACAGUAAGCCCACUAUUUAAGUAAAUUAACUUGUGCACAUUCAGCUUUACGUGCUUGGCAAUUUAAAAUAAAAAUAAAAGGGGGUGGGCAUCCAGGAAAGAAGACUGGCAGUCCCACCCACCAUUGAACCCAAUGUGUUUUGACUAUACACAAUUUUGGCCUUAGGUGCUAUCUCCAGAACCUAACUCCCAUGUAAGUUGCAGGUUUAGUGUACUGUAUAUAUUUACCUCAAAAACAAAGCAUCUAAAUCUCUCUCCCACACCUGAAACAAAGAAUGCAAUAUCAUAAUCAAAGAAACUUAUAUUUUGGGUAUCUCUGAAAGCCGGACUCUGGAAACUCUGUGAUAACAUUGAUGGUACCCAAUCUUUUCUCCUCCCUUUAGCUUUUAUUCUCUGCACUCUGUUCUCUUGCCUCUCCAUCUGAGACCUGUGAUGCACAACCAACAUCAGUGCUAUGUCCUGCCCUUGAAAGGCCUUGGCCUUGACUGUGCAGCAUGACUUCUAGUCAGUCAGCUUUACUGUAUGUAGUUUGUUGACCUUCGGGCCUGGUUAUCCUUUUGUCACCUUUCCACCCAAGGCAGAACGAGUCCCUAAGAGGGUGUAGUUUGUAGAGGGUGUAGUUUGUUUGGUUUUUGUUGCUCAGCAAGUGAUGACGAAUGAUGUGCUAUUUUUAAGAGCAGGCGUUGGAAGCCUGGAGUCAAUAUUGUAGAGGUGCAUAGUUAAAUAAAGGCAGACAUUUCAUUUCAGGAAGAGCAAAGCAGACUAAGGAGCAGAGGGAGGGGGAUCCAGCUUUGGGGGAGAGGCUAAAGACCCUUGGUUCCCUUUCUACUUAAUCUGCACAAAGGAAAAGUAUCUCCAACUCUUCACUAGUUUGGAGAAGGCUACCAGCAUUAGGUGUGGUCUGCCUCCAUACCUUUUCUUGAGCCCUUUCUUCUAAUGGAAUAGAACCACCCUCUUCUUCCACAUCCUGGUAUUUCCCUUGCUGUUGCAGUUUCUGUGCGUAGGAAAAAUGGACACAAACCACAGAACAUACAGUGGAAGCAGCCAUCUUUGACCAGGUGGAGAUCCUGCUCUUGCUGUUACUGUAGAGCUACCUUCCCUAGAUUUCUGACAGCUGGUGAUGGUGGUGGCAAGGCUGGACUUCAUGAGCUUAGGAUACAGGAGGCAAAUCCUUCUGCAUUUGCACCAUUUUUUAAAGUGAUCAAGUGGUUUGUGGUGGUUGGUUUCCAUCACAAGGUUUGACGUGGUCUCACUUUUCAUGUGUUUCAUGUGUUUCAGUGGCUUACAGGGAUUUAUACAGUCGUACCUUGGCUCCCGGACGCCUUGGGAGUUGAACAUUCCGACUCCUGAAUGAUCGAAAACCGGAAGUGAGUGGUCCGGUUUUCGAACAUUCUUUUGGAAGCCAAAUGUCCGGUGCUGCUUCCGUGGCUUCCAAUUGGCUGCAGGAAGCUCCUGCAGCCAAUCGGAAGCUGUGCCUUGGAAGUUGAAUGUUUUGGAAGCCGAACGAACUUCCGGAAUGGAUUCCGUUUGGCUUCCAAGGUAUGUGUAUUACCCAAAGUUGUUGAGCUUUUUUGAGAAACAAAAAAGGAGGAUUUUAUGAUCCAUUUUUAAGGAAAAAACACUACCAACGUGAGUUACCAUACAUGCAGAUUUCCCUGGACAUUUAAGCAAUUUCCGCAAGGACACAAUUUCCGACGGCCGAAUCCCAGCUAUGUCCUGUAUAGCAACCCUAAUUUAUAUUAUUGAUAGUGUGUGAGAAUUUUUUCUUCUUAAUGUUCUAUUUAGUAUUCUGAGAUGUUUUUUUACAUAAUGGUAUCUGGAGUAAUCUUUGUAACUUAAAGACAAUGCAGAAUGAUUUUUGCCAAUUAAAAAGAGAAAAGAUGCAACUCCAGCCUAUAAUAUUAAGAUGUUUCCUUUACCACCAAACUGGACUAAGGAGGUUGGACUUGGUGUAAAAUAUGGUUGUGUGGUUCUUCUCCUUUAAUUCUUGCCAUCUUGUCCCUUUACAGAAACAGGACCAGGAUGAUGCCGAUGAUGACCUGGAAAUCGCUAUUGACAACACAGCUUUCAUGGAUGAAUUCUUUGCAGAGGUAAGGAGAGUCCGGGAGAGAGAAAAUGUAGACCUGAAAUUAAAACUAAGUCCAAGAAUCAGGGCACAUGGAUAGGCUGGGUUUUAAUGAGGUUUGGUUUAUUUGUUUCCCUUGUGACAAGUACUCACUUUCUUGGGAAGCAGGUACAGGCAGAAGCUAGACUAUGCUUUGCAUUCAGAAUUGUGUUCUAAAAGUGCCAAGUGAAGUUUUCUGCUUAUCAUUAUUUGACUUUCCUGUCUCAUAUUCAACAGUGCUUAGCCGUGCUGUCUCCUCUGGAGCCUUAACAGUUUGCAUUUCCUCCAUGUGGAGUAGUAGUCAAGUGACAUACAAUUACAUAGAUAGGAAAGUACCAUACAUUGACAGCAUCCAAAGCUGUGACGGCUGCAGCUGUUCCUAAAUAUGAUUGUAUGACCUGGGGAGGGAGACAGCUAAAGUGAGGUAUGCAUGAAUGAGCUUGGUGCUGACUCUGUAGGGAUUAGGCUCUUGAUUUCCCCACACCUACCCUCCCAGCGGUGUCAGUGUAAUGGUAAGAUUCCUCUUCAUUUUGUUUCCAUAACUUUGCAGAUUGAAGAAACCCGGCAGAAUAUUGACAAAAUUUCCGAAAAUGUAGAAGAGGCAAAAAAGCUGUAUAGCAUCAUCCUGUCAGCCCCAAUCCCUGAACCAAGUGAGUAAGACACAAACCCCCUUGAGAGAAAUUUUUGGCAAUGAUUCUUAUGGACUUUCCCCUACUCUGAGAACACAGAACCAAACCUGCUAAACCUUUCUUGUCUCCCUGCCUCUUGAUAUACUGUGUAAGAGAGUGAGGGGCUACUUGGAAGUAAACAGCCUGAAGAGUCUUCCUCUGCUCUCCUUUCAGGUUUCAGAAGGCUGUGGACAAAGUUCCCUCUUGUGCAGGCCCUCCUCCAGUUUAAUUUCCCACAAUGCCCCAAAGUGAUACUAUGAUAGGGGCAUGGUGAGAAAUUAAAUGGCCACCUCCCACUGAUGCCACCAGGUAAAUGCUGGGAGCCAAAUUGUUGGUGGGCCCUGCGGUCCCAGCAGCUCUCAAGUGACAACCUUUUCUCUUUCCCCUGCUCUGUCGUGACUUCAAAACAGGAUUCUUUCCAAGAGGAUGCUUGCUGCUGUUCUCAUGCUGCUCAGCACUGAUGUCUAUUCUUGUGUUCUGCAGAGACUAAGGAUGACCUGGAGCAGCUCACAGCAGAUAUCAAGAAAAUGGCUAACAGUGUCCGAAACAAACUUAAGAGUAAGUAACAUGUCCCUCGGGCAGACUGGUCUUGGAAGUUCUAAUUUAUAGUGCUCAGCUCUCAUUUAGGGGAUGCCUAAAGCAGGGAUGGGCAACCAAAUCUGGCUCCCCAGCUCACCUUCUACUCAUCAGCUGUUCAAUACAGAGCAGAUGAGAGGAGAAAGGGCUUUGUUGUGCAAAGUGUGCAGUUGCAACUCUGAUCUCUGCAGAGACAUCAAGCAGAAGAGAAAAUGUCUCAGAAGAGACGUAGACUUACGUUCCUUGAAAAUAUGCAAGAAGUCAGUCAAGAAUUCUGCAAUUGUGUGCAUGCAGUUUUUGGAAUGCAAUUGCUUUUUGAAGUUUGAGGUCUUGAAUUGCUGUAAGUUAGGGGUUUCAACCUAGCUGUGUUUUGAUGUCAUUUGCAUUAUUCCAUGGGGAUUAAUGACUUUUUUUGCUUUUUGAACAGUUAGGACAGAGAAAUGUAUUGUAGAGCGUUUUAGGUUUUUUUAUAACCUUUGUUUAAAAAGAAUCAGAGGAGAAAAUGGAAGUUUAAGUAGAAUGGGUGUGGGAGUCUGAGAGAGAGAGACAUUUUGUGUGGGUCUGGCCUUGCCCACUUUGGAGUUUGCUCCAUCCACUACUGGGAAAAAAUUCCCAUCCAGCAUAAAGUGUAAGCAAUAUACAGUGAUACCUCGGGUUAAGAACUUAAUUCGUUCUGGAGGUCUGUUCUUAACCUGAAACUGUUCUUAACCUGAGGUACCACUUUCGCUAAUGGGGCCUCCUGCUGCCGCCGCACGAUUUCUGUUCUCAUCCUGAAGCAAAGUUCUUAACCUGAGGUACUAUUUCUGGGUUAGCGGAGUCUGUAACCUGAAGCGUCUGUAACCCGAGGUACCACUGUACUAGCGUCUCUCUCUUCUGUAGCUGCAGGCUGAGCACCCUGGCCCAGUCUUCUUGCUGCCCCCCUCUGCAUGUUCCUCUCUCAUCACCAAAGUAAUUAAAUUAUGCAGACUCUUAAGAAAAGGACUUGUUCCUACAAACCACGGCAAUAUGCUAGUACGCACACUAAUGUAGUAGGAGGGAGGGAGAAUGGUCAGAGGCACCAGCUUCUCCAGUGGACAGGGUGACAUGAUGUUGUACAACGUUCUCUGAAAAUGCCUCGGCCCCUAGUAGUUGGCACCUAUGAGAGUGGUAUAGGCAUUUGCCUAGGCAAAGGGACACCAGACGUCUUCACUGUGCAGGAUAGAAGCAGAGCAUCUUUCCAUCAACUCCUUUCCCUGCAUUCACAGGUAUGGAGAGGAAUAUUGAACAGGAUGAGGUUCGAUCCUCAGCUGACCUGCGGAUACGGAAGUCCCAGGUAAGCAGAGCUCUGUGGCAAUUCCAUACUGUUGGACGCCUUUGCCCGCUGUUAGCCAGUGGUCAGAAAAGAAGGGAGAAAAACUUUUCUGAAAGCAACAAGAGGCUAACUGCUGCAGGGGGUGGUGGGGAAAGUGGGGAAUAAUCUGGAACUCAAAUCCUCUUGGGAGCCACAUUCUCAGGCCUGCAUCUGAAUCCCAGUUGUGCGGGAACUAGCUGUAGUUCUUCCCAAGCCCAAUUUAAAGUACUGGUUCUACCCAGUAAAGCCUUGGACAACUCAGGCUCUAAUACCUCACACACCGCCUUUCCCCGUGCAAACUUACCUGGACCCUAAGAUCAGGAUCUGAGGCCCUUCUCUCCAUUUCCCCCCAAGAGACAUUUUCAUAUAUUUGGUGCCAGGCAAAGGUGUUUUUAUUCUACCAGGCAGUUGGACUCUAAUAAUAUUGUGCUUUUGUGAUAUUUUGUUUAUUUCUGUGUUUAUCCAAGAGCAAGUGAGGCUACUUUUGUAUUUCAGGGUGGAUUUUUUUAUUAUUAACAUUAUUAGCUGUUGUAUUGCUUUUAAAUGAUGUAUUUAUGAGCCAUGAGAUAUUGUUGUAAGUCAUUUCAGCACUGUUUUUGUAAUGAAGCAUUGACUAAAUUAAUAAUGAUGAGACUUUUUUCACAUGCUCAGAGGGACUGCUUGCUUUUCAUGGUGGAACAAAACUGGUUCCAAGUUGAACCCUCUAGUUCGAAUUAGGCCCUGAUAGCUAGCUUUAAAAAAGGAGAGAGUGAGAAAGAAGCUGAUGGUUUCUGAUCCAUAGCUUGGAAGGGUGAGGAAUGAACUCUGCAUCUUUUGCAGUUUGUUUCACACAAGCUGCUUAACUGUAAUUUUUAAAUAUUUAAAAUGCUUUUGCUUAUGCAAAUGAUUUUCAGUUUCUGAAAGAUAACACUUAAACACGCACACAUUUGAAAACUUGAAGGUAUUAAGUCUCUUUUUAAUGCAGACUCAAAGACUUAUGGGUUUUCCAAAAAACCCAAAAUCUUUCAGUUUCCAGCUUCCAAAAAAUAAUGCCAGUAGAGAAUUGGCAGAUCAGCCAGGGUCCCUUGAGUUAUCACUUCUUCCUGUCUCCAGCAUUCAGUCCUUUCCCGAAAAUUUGUCGAUGUGAUGACGAAGUACAACGAAGCACAGGUCGACUUCCGGGAACGGAGCAAAGGAAGGAUUCAGCGACAGCUUGAGAUCAGUAUGUCUGCUUUAUGCCUUGGCCUUUACCUUUGGGUAGAGCAUGAUCCUGAAUGCUAGAGCUGGGUUCUUCUGCCUAGAAGCAUUUGCACCCCUUCCUGCCCUGGUAGUAUUUGUAGCUCCCAAGGAAGUGUUUGUUCUUGUUGCAGUACCUGAAGCUCUUGUUCUCUCCCUGUUUCUUUCCCUGGGAUGCAGCUGGGAAGAAUACAACAGAUGAGGAGCUGGAGGAAAUGCUAGAGAGCGGGAAUCCAUCAAUAUUCACAUCUGGGGUGAGUGUGUUUGAAGGUAGUUUGUGUGAAGGUGACUGCUAGGUUGUUUAAGGUUGAGAAGAGGAGAAUAAUAAUAAUAAUAAUAAUAAUAAUAAUAAUAAUAAUAAUAAAUUAUUAUUUAUACCCCGCCCAUCUGGCUGAGUUUCCCCAGCCACUCUGGGCGGCUUCCAAUCAAGUGUUAAAAACAAUACAGCAUUAAGAAGAAUGCAAAAGAAUAUCUGUGGAUUGCAGGAGCACCAAGUCUUGUUGGUUGGAGUUGCAAGAUGGCUGAGUUUGGGCAUGUUGUGAAAUGGAAGAGUAUAUCCAGUGAGAAGAGCUGGGAUAGAUUGAAGGGGAGCAUAUGAAAACCGCAGUGCAGAACUUUUGGAAGCAAUGUUCUGCAGAGCAUGGUUACUAUGGUACAUUUGCAAAUGACAAAUCUUGGGCCUUUCCUAGAUUAUGGAUUCCCAGAUCUCAAAGCAAGCAUUGAGUGAGAUUGAGGGACGGCAUAAGGACAUUUUGCGGCUUGAAAGCAGCAUCAAGGAGCUUCACGACAUGUUUGUGGAUAUUGCCAUGCUAGUGGAAAAUCAGGUAACUGAGCUAUGGGGCAGGGGGUGGAGAGAAAAAUGGAUCACCAAAUGGAGACCUUGAUAAAAAGCAAAGGUGGCAAUGAAAAGCAGAGCGCCCAGAGGUGGUUAUCUGUUUAACCAUGGGAAAUGAGGUUGACAACCUGUAAAGGCAGCUUCCUGAGGGGCAUCAAGUUGCCCAUUGAGUAAAAGGAAAAUUGGACUAGAUGGACCUUUGGUCUGAUCCAACAGCAUGCUGCUUUUGUCCAUAUAGUCAGAGUGCAGAUGUUUGUGGCAUGGGAAACAAGAGAAAAUGGGGGUUGAGCAGAGAGAUGGGGUUGCAGAGGGGAUGCUAAAGGGAAGAGAAAUAAGUUAACAGGGAGCAUUUGCAAAAAUGCUUUCCAACCAGUUAAUGUAACAGCGCUUCUGAGUUAACAAGCAUGCACCCCAGCAUAAUUUGCAGCCCUUGUCUAGGGGUUGACAGAGUACUGUCUGCAUGUGGCUGACUGAACCUAAAUAAUGGUAGGCUAGGGUAGUCUGAUGAAGUCCAUUAUUAAGGUAAUUUGGAUACUAGUUGAGAGUAACUUCAUUUGCUAAUAGUUUCCUGUCUGACUAGUCUGGAGCGUGGCUUGCUACCCUGUUACAUUCCUGGGGAUAGAGCCCUGUCUCCUGGACUAAAGAGGCUGUGUCACCAUCUUCUCAACUAGUCACUAUUCCACUAUGCUAUCCAAAAACUAAAGAAGGUGUUUUCACAACUGUGCUUAUUAACACCUAUCAGUUAUGAGGCAGAAAUGGUCUGCUUAGAGAUUAGUAUGGAAGCCUGAAUACUACUAAGGCCCCAUUUCUUGUUUUCUGCUCACAAUGCAAUGCGGAGGAAAUGACGGUCAGGUCAAACUAUGGUGAGUGUUUUGUUUUCAGAAUUUAAAAAGUGUUUGGGUGGGAGGAGGGAGGGAAUAUGGGCAAGUUGAUGGUCGAUGGAAACCAUAUGCCUGGAAGAGUCAUUCAUUCAGAGGGAGGGUAACAGCUGUGAGGCGAACUCCUGGCUUGCAUGAGGAGAGGGCAAGCAUUCAAGAGAGCACAGGAAUUACAUGGCAGGAAAUCCAUGUUGCAGGGGGGAAGUAAGCUGAAGGUUUCAUAGAAUUAGGUGGGGGAAACUGGGGGUAUUAGCCAUGGCAGUAGGCAUUUUGCAGCAUGAUAACAUUAUUUCUCUUUGCUUUUCUACCCCCUUCCCUUAAACCUUCCCACAGGGAGAAAUUGUAGAUAACAUAGAACUCAACCUGAGGCACACCUUAGAUCACGUAGAGAAAGCUCGCGAGGAGACCAAAAAGGCCCUGAAAUAUAAGAGUAAGGCACGCAAGGUGAGCCUCUCCUGUGGACUACAAGCUCUCUGCUGCCGGACGCCUUGCUGGCUGACACUUUCUGUUUCUGCCUCUCUGUUUCGCUUUCGGCUUUCCUCUUCCUCUGCAAGGGAGGCAUGAUUGACCGCAUAGAGAACAACAUGGACCAAUCAGUAGGCUUUGUGGAACGGGCUGUGGCUGACACCAAAAAGGCCGUAAAGUAUCAGAGCGAAGCGCGAAGGGUGAGGAAGAAGUGAAUGUAGUCCACCCCUCCCUUCCCUCCUCGUAGACCAGGGGUGGGGAGCCCUUUUCAUUCCGGGGGCAUGCCACUCAUGCAAAAGUCAAAGGUUUCUACCCACCCACCCACCCACACAUCCCUCCACCUCCCACCCAGGCAAGCGAGAUGAAUUAUUAUCCAGCCAGAUGACAAAAGCACUCAGAAGGGCCUGGAGGAGAGGGGCGUGGCCUGGGAAGAAAGGGCGUGGCCAGGGAAGGGGCAUGACCUGCUGGAGAGAAUCCCAAGGGUCACAUAGAGAGUCUUUGAGGGGGAUUAUUGUCCAUACGCCCUUUGAGUUCUACUUCUGAACUCAUAUUCUGCAACCGGAGCACCUCUUGCCCUUCUCUUCCUCAUCUACCAAAACCCCUGUUCAGUCUUAUUAGCUGAAGACCCAUUUCCCCACCCCCUAUCCUGUCUACUUGCAGUUCCUCCAACUUCCCUGCAGCCUGGUCACAAAUUCAUCCCGCUAUGCAAUGAACUAUAUGAUAUGAACAGCUAGCAAUGUUUUGUUAAGCAUUGUUUUGCUCUCCCAGUAGUGCUUAGACUAUAUCCCCCCUCCAGAAUAAGGAAGGUCUCUUCUUUCACAGCUCCUAAACUCUCUCAACAGGGGCUCAAGAACUUGAGGGCUGAACUUUCUUUAGUUUGCUUGUCAUCAACUCUGCAGUCUUCUGCUUUGGGCUGUCCAUCUAGUCUUUUAUCGUUUUUCUGUGCUACAUUCUGUGCAUGCUUACCUGGAAGAAAUCCUACAAAAUUCUUUGGGACUUGACAUCUGAAUAAAUGCAUAGAACUGGAUUCUUAAGUUUCAUUUAAGGGUUUUGUGCUGAACUUGAAAAAAAGAACAAGGACUUCUGCCCUUGCUUUACAAAGAGCAGAAUUCUUGGAUGCUUGAUCUUUCUUACUUUAUUUUUAAUGUUUGAGGCAAAAUGUAAGCAUGACAAUCAUGGUCAAAUUAGGCAUAAUAUUUGCCACAUGCCUAAUAUUAGCCCUCACAUGCAGGGUUUUUUUUUUUUUUUUUGAGGUGGGAGCUGUGUCAAGACCAUGGCACGAGUGUGUGUAUUUUUAAAGUAUUUGCCCCCAUGCAGUUCUGAUUGGAAUCGAGGGUCAUGCCUCAUAUUUGCAAUAGGAAAAAAAUCCCCCUUGGGGACAAUGUGUGCUUUCCAUCCAUUGUGAAUGGGGGUGGUGUCAAAUCAGGACUGCAUCAGGGCAACGGGUUAGAGCCUUCCUCUAGCCAUGCCAUGGUCCUGGUCCAGCUCAGCCCCCCUGCCCUGGCCCAUUAUUGCCACAACCCAUUUUAAGUCAAAGUCAUUGGAUGCAAACUUAUUUAAACAGUGUACCUAAUGGGGUAUUCACACAUGCACAUCCAUCGCUCCAUAAGGUAUUGUGUGAUGACUUGCACCUGCAUGUUUGAAUUGCUUCCACUUGAGUACUGUCUGGCAGUACAAAUGCUUUGUUGUGUUUGUGUCUUUGACUGGUUCACACUUACAAGCCAUCACUUGCUGUAGCAUUCCUUUGAGUGAUGACUGUGCAAGUGUCCAUUUGUCUUAAAUGGUAUCGAUCUAAGUGCUUUAGCUUAACCCGAAGCUUCCUUCUAGGUGUGUGCACAGCAUUUCCCCCGUUGUUAUUAUGUAAUUACUUAUAAUGACUUAAUCUACCUUUUCUUUUACCCUUCUAGAAAACAAUAAUUAUCAUUGUGAUAGUGGUUUCCUUGCUGGGAAUUUUAGCUCUCAUUAUUGGACUUUCAGUAGGGCUCAAAACAUGAAGGGCUGCUGGCUCUGAACUGUAAGUAGCUUGUGGAAGCAGAAGGAUUACUUCAACCUCUCUUGCCAUCUCCUCUCCUGCUUGGUUUUCGGAUGGGCUUCUGAAUCUCUCCUCCUCUCUGUGUGUGAAUAUUCUUCCUACAAUGUGCAGGGUAGGUUAGAGGGCAGCUAGAGCUCUGUAUUAAGCCUCUCAACCUUUGUGACCUGUGGGUGCAAGAAGUGAUUCUACAGAAAUUGGGCUGUACUGCAAAAAUCUAUUCCAUCUUUUCUGGUUGAGCACAUAGGGUAUAAGGGAAGGACAUAGAUAAAGUGUCAGGGUAUUGGUGAUUUGGGGCUUGUGAGAAGCGAUAGGAUCAUAUAGAAUAACUUGACUUGAACAAUAGGGAAGCUUUUGCCAGGCUUAGUUUUAUUCCUGUGUUUUAGUAUAUAAAGCUGAUAUAGACAAUCAGCAACUACGGGGACUAGCAACAUUAUAUAAUAAACUAAGAUUCUAAAGAUGUCACCAGAUUCUAAAAUUUUGAGGCAUAAUAGUAGUAAUAGAGCUUCAUGUAGUUCUCUGGUUUCACAGCAGGUAUGUUUAUUUGGGUCUCUGUUUUCUGUGCUGUAAAUUUCACCAGUACAUAUGAGCUCAUUUCUUGAGUGUGCGGUUCUCAACUCCUAGCGUUUGGGAUGUGGUGGGAGUGUCUGAUCAGCCUGAGAGGCUGAGGUCUGCUAGAUGCACAAGGUAUGGUUUCUGAAGUUUCUUACCCCUUCAGAGAAGUGACAGCUCUGCGGCUGAAGCAAUGAUCUUCCCUACCGCUGAUGGUUUCCGUGUUAGCUCUUCUUCCUCAAAUGAGCACUUAUUUUGUUUCUCAGUGCUUGUGGAUCACUAGAACACGCACCUGCCAUUCUGUGCAUAUGGUAUACAAGCCCAUUCUGUGUUGGCCAAGGAGUUGCCUGGUCCUCUUAACAUCAUUUCUCAGAUCUGAUGGUGUUUCAAGGCUGUAUUGUACAGUUGAGGAUGCCUAAGUGCAACACAUCUGAGGGUAUCCUUAGUUGAUCUGUGAGACUUUCCUUUGACCCCAAAGUUCCUAGACAGCAGCUCAAGGACAGCUGUUUCUCCCACAGCCCCCAUAUAUAUGUGUGUUUUGCUCCUGCUCCCCGCUCUGGUCCUCACUCAGAUUGUGAACCUUUGCUGUUCCUCAAACUCCAUGGUUUUCUUUCCACCCUCUCAAUCUUUUAUGUACAGAUUAUGGCAGCUGAGCUCACAGGACAAUAGGUAGAGGGUUAUUGAAGGAGACACUUCUAUUUCCCCUAAGAACUGUAGAGAGCUGGUGGGGGGUAUAUUUAUUUCCUUUCCCGGUGAUUCUGUAGAGGAGGGAUGGAGAACCUGUGAUCUUCCAAGUGUUGAACUCAGUGCCCAUCAGCUCCAGCCUGCAGAGCCACUAGGGAUGAUGGGAAUUAUACGUCAGUUGAAGGGCCACAGGUUCCCCACUCCUGCUAUUAGAGGUUUGAUGAACCCCUCUGGCGAUAGUGAGUUGGUUGUUCAUCCCUACAUGAGAAUAACUUUCCCUCCCAUUUUGUUCCUUUCCUUUCCUCCAGACACUCCCAAGCUCUUCCUGGUUUGAUAGCAAGACUCCCCCUCCUGAUCCUCACCACCAUGAUGUGACCUUCCCCUGCCUACCCUCCUGCCUUUGGCCUCUUGGAUUUAGUAUGAAUGGCUUCCUGCAGGAUGAGUUCACUUGCACCAGUGCUUCCUGUGAGAGCUACAUUCUGUUCCAGUUCCCUCCUCGGAUAAAGCUCUGCAGCCAGAAGAGUCUGAUGUACCUUGCUGAAUCCAGGAUGUACAGCAAAUCUCAUGGCACUCCAGAGAGAACCUCCCAACAUAUCUACUCCUUACCCUUCCUUCCCUUCCUUCCCGCAACACCUGCUGCUUCCAGGUCAAGCAUUUCCUAUGUUUAAUCCCCCAUCCUUCAAGAAUAUUCUCUAGUACGGUGGAAUGAACCUUGAGCGGAAUUUUGGACACACCUUUGCCUACCUCAGUGCCUUCAUUCUUUUCAGCUGUGCCUUUUUCUUUUCUUUUAACAAUGGAGAUGUCUUUACUAAAGAUGUCAGACAUUACAUUGCUAGUCAAAAUUGCCCAGGUUAAGGGCCAAGACUUGAACUGGAUCUGCUACAUAACUGCUGACCACCAUCCCAUUGUAUACUGAGGCUAGCAUUCUGCUCUUUUUUUUUAGAGUUUAGAGCAGAUUUUGCGACUCAUAAAUAUUUUGCAGGACACAAAUCUUAGCCUAUUGUAUGUCACAGUGUAUCUUGCCCUGCUAUCCCCAAAGAGAGCUUGACUUCUUAAUAGUGGCAGAGUUUGCAGUCAAUCAAGGCAAUCUUGGAAGAGGGAUGGUGGGUUAGGACCACAGGCAUAAAUGCAGCCAUCGAGGCAUGAAAACAGCUGGGUAAUCGAGCCAGUUUCCCUAAAUUAGGCUGUGACAACUGCAUGCUACAUAGGUGGGAUAUAGCCGCUAGUACUCAGGCCCUCCAAAUCUGAGCUGCUUGUGUACUAAUUUCUUGACUCAAAGCAGCCAGCAUUGCAGUAGAGGUGUGAUGUUUUGGGUACUUAGAACUGGUCUGUGUUUGAACAGAAAGAUGUCCUCAGAUGCCUAUGGAGGAAAGCAUUCCUUGGGAAUAUGUGUGGUCUACAAAACGGGUAGCCAACCUUCUUUGUUUGGAAUGCAUUCAGAUUUCUGAAAGGAGUAGAAUGCAAUUCCUUCCUGCUUUAAAAUAUUUGUUUUCCUUGGGCGAGUGUGCCUGUGUGCUGAAGGCAUGGUUGUGUGUGCCCUCUCUCCCCCAGUCCUGUGUGUACAUGUUUGUCUGAUGACAUACUAAUUGGGAAGAAAUGAAAGGCUUUGUUUGCUUGGAAGUGUUUUUCUACUGAGGGUUUCUACCUUGUUUGAAUGGUCACAUUGCCUCCAUUAAAUUGCUGUUCAUCACUCAGCCAGUUUGGUUUGCACAGCCAGGAAAAGCUAGUGUGGAGAAAGGCAGUGAGUUGGUUCAUAAGACAUACAGAUAAGUCAUGUGUUUUCAUGAUACUAUAACUUCUUCCAGGGAAGACUUUACUUUCCCAUUUAAAAGACCUCAAGCUUGUUAAAAGAGUAGAUUUAUGUGUUUUUUUCCUCAAGGGUGGUCCUAGCAGUUGUUAAGCUUUUGUGGUUUUGUGGGUUUUUUUAAAGUAAAAUCCCGCUCAAGUCUUGCUGCUUCCAAACAUGAGUUUUAGGGUUUUUGUCUGAGAAACCCUUUGCUAUUAUUUUUCCUGUUCAAAAGUUAUUCAGCUGCCUCACUGCUUCAUUUUCAGUCAUAUCUGUGACCUCCUGCUGCGGGUGUCACUCGCAGAAGCGAGGGGAUGUGACUGUGAAUUAGGCAGAGAAAUUAAUUUGGCUAGGAAAGCCUCGUGAUCUAGCUUAGCAAAAAUGCGCAGAAGGCUGGUUCAGGCUAGCCACGGUAUGGGAGCAAGUCUCAGGCCCUUCUCUGAGAAGCAAGCGCCUAUGCUUCAGUUCCUUUCACCUUCAGCACCAAUACGUUCACUGCACGGAAGCCUACCUCACAGACUAAAUGAACCACAUUCCCUUCUUCAAAGGUGGGGAAUCAUCCUGGAACUAAGGGUUGUUAGAGAGACAUUAAUACAGCAAGAAAGCUUUAGGCCCUGGCAGUUACGUUUCUGUUGAAAUUUAAGGGGCAGAUGCACACAAAAGUGUUCUAUAUUUAUACGAAUUCUUCACCGGAAAGCCUGCUGUAGCUGUUAUCUCCCAUGGGAGAGAAAGCCCCUUUGACUGGAAUUGAGGAUUUGCUUCCUGGGGGAGAUGACCGUCUCCUGGACACUAGGAAAAUCUGGCCGGUUACCCGUUGUUCCACCAUUCAAUUCCACCCAGAAUCUAACCUGUCUAGUGUUGAUGUUGCAGUAACCAUACAAACACUUUCCUGCCAACUGGCAGUGACCUCUUUGAGUGCACAGAUGGAGCGAAGAGGAAAGUCUUUCUAGAGAUGUCCUUUCCUUUAGGCCUUGAUGUCUGUACAUUGUUAAGUGGUGCUUAAAAAGUUGGUGGACUGAUCCCCCGUGAGAGCCAUCUGCAAAGCGGGGAAGACUGAAUUUCAAAAUACUGUGCUGCCUAUGGACAGCAGAGAUGAUAGGAAUUUGGUUUUGUCAAUGCUUUUUUUAAUGAGCAUUUUUUUGUUUUUGUUUUUAAUAAAUGAGUUUGAUGUUCAAAUAAUCUGUAAACUCUGUGCUUGUGUAUUGAACUUCUGGACAGGGUAUAGCCAUACAAGCCAUUAUUAUUGUUUUGAGGGGUAGUGUGUACUUUCUUGGUCUUGUAUGGCUUUUGCCCAUAUCCAAAUAUGCUUCAGCAACACACCUUGCAGUGUGGGUCUUGGGGAAGGUUUGCUAUUCUUAACACAGAAGAAUUGAGGAAUUGCCUCUUAAAUACACCUGGAACAUAAAGUGGCUGGAUUCCACCACCGCUCCCCAUUAUCAUUAUGCCAAAUCUUUCAGGUAAGAUGAUUCUGUCCUGUCAACCUUCCUCAAUCCUUGGUCCCCAGAUGGUCUAUGACUCCCAUUAUCUCUGACCAAUUGGCCAUAUUGGCUAGAGAUGAUGGGGGCUAUAGUCCAAUGACAUCUGGGAACCCAAGGAUGAGGGAGGCUGCCGUUAAGAGUGUCAGUACCCAUAUGCUUUCCAUCUAAACUACUUAAGGGUUGUACAGGACCCCAAAAUGGAAUGGAGUGCUUCUGUUAUUAUGUAAAAAUACGGUUGGUAUAUAAAAAAAGAUAACGGAAGUCUCAGUGCUAUCUGCAUCUGUGAAAGAACAGCCCUGUCCAUAAGACCCUCCUUAACUCUGGUGUGUUUAUGUCCCUAGUUUCCCGUCUUCCUUAAUUCUAUCCUCCACUUGUUACCCACAAAACACAAGCCCCCUCCUCUGUCCCCUUGUUCCUGCUACCAUCCCCCUACCAGUGAGAUGUCUGGGUAUAUUGCUAUUCAUGUUUCCUCUCGCUGAGCAGAAGAAGAUCAUGAUCAUGAUAUGCUGCAUCAUUCUUGCCAUCAUCCUGGCCUCUACUGUCGGCAGCUUCUUUACCUGAGCGCCCAUAUCCUGUCCCUCACCACUUGUCUAAGGUGAGUUGCAUGCAGAAGCUUGAUCCAGAGGUUUGUUUAAUCAAGGUAAUGCUCAUUUUUAUGGACACUGCAGUCUACUCUUAUUUCCCAAACUGCCUUAUAGUUCUACCCAUUGCUAUGGUGCAGAAUACCUUAGGUAUACCCCCUCCGAAAAAAAAGCUGGGGGAAAAAAAGGUAGAGCCAUCAACCUGGAGAUAAGUCUGUGCAGUCCAGCUGGGUGAGUGGAGUAGAAUAUCAGAAUUCACAAAUGCAUAUGUACUGAAAGGCUCUAAAUCAAGAGCGUUAGGAGCACCCUGCUUAUGAAAGGAGGGCGAUAACUUCCUGUGCAUUUCCAGGGUAGUAUGAUCUCAUAAUUUUUGCUGGUUGUUAGGCUACAAUACUACUUGUCAUCUGUUUCCUUUUACCUUCAACCAUCUCAGCUCCUUGCUGUUUCCUUUCUUCCAGGAUGGAUUUGCAAGAUGGCUUCCCCACUCCACACACGCUUCCCUGGUCCUACAAUUUUCAGUGCUUCCUCUCUUUAUGGAGAUGUCACAGCCAACCAUUUACCCUUCAAAAUCUUUUGCUGGAUUUCAGAUUAAAGAAAGGGCAGGAGGAGCUAGAGCAGGACCCAAGUGUUAGUACACCAGCAUAAAGCCAAGUGAGACAGCGAGGGGGAACAGUUUGAGCACAGGGGCCUUCUGGCUACUACAACCAAGCUUGUUGGUUGCUGUUGAUACUUAACCAGCUCUAUAAUUGGAACUUUACUCCCCCUUAUACUUGCUGCUCCUGCCUAGAUUUCUCCAGUGAAACCAAGUACUUUUGUUAUUUUACUCAUGUAUGAAUCUCCUUACAUGCAUCUCAAGGUGAUUUAUAUACCAUUGAAAACACACUAGGGGAAAACCCCUAACGGCUCAUGUUAUUUAUGGAAGAAAAUCCAAAGGUUUACCUCCCUUUAUGACAAUCCACAGUAGGCAAGCAGGUGCCUGUGGGUUUUCAGACCUGUGAUUUUGUUUGUUUGUUUGCUUUCUUCUGCUUCUGCUUUGUUGAAAGGGAUACAACUUCUUACAGUAGCCUCAAAAGGUGUGUGACUGAACAUCUGGAUAAUGGCAUGGACUGAGCCAGAUUGUUUCCUCGCCUGCUGAAUAAUCUUGCUUACGCAGACUCCUGCCAUCCUUGUGGUCCUAGUCCCAGUCCGUUUAUUCUGUUGUAUGAAUGGGCAUUCUUGAGGCGCAAUCUGCAAACGCCCCUAGGGGAGCCACACACCCCUUGUAAAUCAUUGUGUUCUGUCCGAUUUGACACUGGUUGUAUUAACAUGUAUACUUGUAUAUAGAACUAUCCCACAAUUUCUCACGUACUUGAAGAAAGGUUGUCAUUUAUUUAAACAACUUAAGCUGUAUUUACUCAACUAUAUGUUGUUUCCUCCCUUCCGUCACCUCUCUGGUAGGGGGCAUGUAGCUGGAACACUUUUAAUUCCUUUAAUCCUGGCCAACGGUGUAGCUCCUUCUCCAGCUGGGGCAACUCCUCAGGUUGUUUUCCCCCCUUUAAAUGAUAAACCAGUCACUAGGAAGAAGGGAGAUAUAUGCAACUGCCUGACGACCCAUCCUUUGAAUUAUAAAAAUUAGUAGUCCCGUGCGCAAGAGGGGCCACUGGAUGCUUUGGACUUGGAAGGGAAAAUGCUUAUUCAGUUUCCCAUAACUGUGACUUAAUGAAAGCUACUCUCUUACUGUUCAAAAGGCGUGGAUGUUCAGAAAUCCUCUGGAAUAAAGAGUUUUGUUUGAUCUGCUGUUAUGUGUGAAAGACUAAAUGAACUAAAACUACAAAACCAACCUAUUUUCCUAGUAUAGGGAAGGGGACUGGGUGGUUCUCCAGAUGCUGCUGGCCUGUAACUCCCAUCAUCCCUGAGCACUGCCCAUGCUGGCUAGGGCUGAUGGGAGUUGGUGUCCAAACAAUAUCCGGAGGGGAGGGGCUCCUCACCCUAAUCUACUGCAAGGACUCCCAAGAGUUGACAGCUAAGAAGUCUGAGGGCUUUUGUCUGGUUCACUUCAAAAGUACAGAAGCAGCUCUUUUUGGGACCCCUAAAAUACCACUCCGUUUAGACUUACAAGAAUAGGCCCAGGCCCAAGCUAUUACCCUACACAGCUGAUCAAGCUGCACUGGCAACAUGCCAGAAUUCAGCACCAACGUAUAUAAAAAUUAAGCCACCUCAGGACUAUGUAUGCCUCUUCUCACAAGCACUUUGAAAUGUUCCGGUUUUAAAAUGAGCUCUACAGAAGGUUAGAAGUUGCAAACUAUAGGAUUUAGACAUUAAAACUUUUAAACUUGGCUUUGAAUAUACUUUUAUCAAUUAUCACUCUUCCAAAUUCUAUGUGCAUUGCAAACCAACAAGUCCUCCUCAAAGGCCCUGCAUCCGUGUGGGAGUAAUGAAAAUGAACAAGAAAAUGGCAAAUUUAUUCAACCAAGCUCUGUGUAUUUACAGCCACUCCAUCACCCUCCACAUCUACUUGAUUUCCAAGUAUAGAACAUGUGGGAAAGGAUCCAUAACACAUUAUCCAUAAAAAGUCAAAAAUACAGGAAAAGUCUGCGGAAGAAUUGAUGCUUCGGAGCAGAAUACUGCCCGUCCCAUGACUUCCUGUUUAUACUCUGUCAGGCAGAAAGAACUUUCCCCAAUACCGACCCUUCAGUUUCAAGUCAUAGGGACUCAAAUAUUUCCUUAUCCCUAGCAUGUUGGCUGUGAUUAUGCGUUCAAAUGUCCAUGGAUUCUGGUUGUUACGCCUCCUCUCCUCUUCCUUGUCCCGCAUCUCUUGCAGGGAUUGCCGGCUGACAGCUAUAGCAGGGAAAGGCAACUUCUUGGCCACCUGUGUUAGGAAGCGUUCCACCUCACCAAAUUCACAGAACCCACCUACUUCCACAAUGAGGCGGCCAGCCUUCACUGCUGACACGUAGUGGUCUAUUGCACCUUUGCCACCACCCAUGCGCUGCCCUAGACCUUUGCGUGUGAUGGGCUUGUAAGGAGCACGGACUCUCCACACUGCAAACAUUUUCUUGGGAUGCAGGUGCCGAUUGAUCGUCAGACGCAUCAUUUCAAAAUGACCCCAGCGGAGAUAGCCACCACCAAGAGCCUGCAGGCAAGGGGAGGAAAAAGUAUUUUCACCAUUCAGAAAUAGGAAAAUAUGUCAGGCACACAAACUCCUUCUGAAAUCACAGGGUAACAGAUAUCUCCCUUUUCCAAGCUUCAUGACUUAUCUCUUCAUAUUCUUUCUCUAUACAACUGAGAAGCCACAUCAAGGUUACUAAUGCUCACACUCACCAGAAUACCAUACUGUCCUUCUGUGAAUUCUGUGGCUUCUUUAGAUGGACCACGGAUAUCACGUAAAUUCUUGAACUCUCGCCUGACCUUUGGUACAGCUGGCAUUCUCUCAACAAAUUUCAAUCUGUUUUUCUCAGGAAUAGUGAUACCUAGAAGAAUAAAACUGGGUUCAGUAUUUCUUGUAACAGUCUCCCACCUAGACUACCAAAGAGUUUUGUCCAGGUCCAGAAAUCUCAGCUCAUCAUCCAUAGCUGUGCUUCCUGAUUAGCUACCUAUUGUAAACUAUAUAGGAACACUAGAGCCAGUAAUGUUAACACACAUUUAGGAGAUGGUACGUCAAAGUUAACAUUUGAGCUGAUAGCAGGCUAUAUUCGGAUGACUUUGGAUUAAUGACCCUCAUGGUCCCUUCCAACUCUACAAUUCUAUGAUUCUAAAUAUCACUUUGCCUUCCCCAGCUAAAGUAAACAGGCCAGCUGAUACUAUUUGUGUGUGUGUGUGUUUUUCAAAUACCUUCCCCCACCUC